AUGGCCGCUCCCCUCUCCUCCUGGCCCUGGGAGAACCUUGGCUCCUACAAGGCACUGCUCCCUGCUCCCACUCCUCUCUCUCUCUCUCACACACACACACACUCACUCACUCUUUAUGGUGCUAACCUUCUCUCCUUCUUCCCCGUUCUCCUUGCGCAGUAUAUUCUUUACGGGCCGCUGCUGGCGAAGGCCGCCUACUCGACGCCAUGGGAGAAGCUCACGCCCACCUGGUGGGUGCAUAUUCUAGCCCUCUGCGCUCUAAGAGGCCUCAUCCACACCCUCUGGUGCUCCUACGGCAACAUGCUCUUCUUCACCCGCAACCGCCGCAUCAUCAAAGAUGGGGUCGACUUCAAGCAGAUCGACAAGGAGUGGGACUGGUACCUCUCUCUCUCUCUCUCUCUCUCUCUCUCUCUCUCUCUCUCUCUCUCUCUCUCUCUCUCUCUCUCUCCCUCUCUCUCCCUCUCUCUCUCUCUCUCUCUCGCUCUCUCUCUCUCUCUCUCUCGCUCUCUCGCUCUCUCUCUAACGGGAUGGAAAAUGGCAGGGACAACUUCUUGAUCCUGCAAGCCUUCAUUGGGGCCGGGGCGUACUACUUCUUCCCCUCGGCGGACAACCUUCCUCUCUGGAACGCCAAGGGGCUCUUCUACGCGCUGCUGCUCCACGUGACGGUCUCUGAGACUCUCUUCUACCUCACCCACCGGCUCUUCCACAAUGGAUUCCUCUUCCGCCACUACCACUCCCUCCACCACUCCAUUCCCAUUCCGCAGUCUUACACAGGUACGCCAUCCUCUCUUUGCACCUCUCCCUCUCUCUCUCUCUCAACCUCACUGACCUCUCUCUCUCUCUCUCUGGCUGGUGCAGCUGGAUUUGCGACGCCUCUGGAGCACCUGGUGCUGUGCGCAGUCAUGGGAGCUCCUCUAGUUGGGGCCUUCCUGGCCGGACAUGGCUCCAUAACCCUGAUCUACGGCUACGUCCUGGGCUUCGACUUCCUCAGGUGUAUGCUGCACAGCAACGUGGAGGUCCUCCCCCACUGGCUCUUCGAAGGCCUCCCCUUCCUCAAAUACCUCGUCUCCACCCCAACGUAAGCCUCCCCGAAACCCUAACCCUUAAAACGCCCCGAGGACGGAGGGCUCCUCUUCCGACGAGCUGACAUGACUGCCGCUGUGUCUGCAGGUACCACACGCUCCACCACAAGGAGAAGAACUCCAACUUCUCCCUCUUCAUGCCCAUCUUCGACGUGCUGGGUGGCACCCUCGACGCUAAGUCCUGGGAGGAGCACAAGAGGAUAUGCCAAGGUAUGCAUGCGGACACUUCCUCGCCAUUGGAUUCUCAUCCCACGGCUGAAAGUUCCCCUAGCGGGAAGGCUGCAGUUCAUUCAGUAGUCCCCGAAAGUUAAACUGUGCCCAUCUGUGGGUCCGACAGGGCGCCAACGUCUUCAUUUUCGCCCAAGCCUUCCUCUUCCUCCUCCUUCCGCCUUGUUUUCUUCUCCGGCUGAGCCGUGGACGCUAUCUAUGGUUGCAGUGAGGAACGAGGACGUGCCCGGGUUCGUGUUCCUGCUGCAUGUGGUAGACGUGGUCUCGUCACUGCACGCGCCGUUCGUCUUCCGGAGCUACGCCUCCUUGGGCUUCGUCACGAGACUCGUCGUCCUCCCGCUGUGGCCGCUCGCCUUCUUUUCCAUGAUCGUUAUGUGGAUCUACUCCAAGACCUUCCUCGUCUCCUUCUACAACCUCCGCGGCCGCCUGCACCAGACCUGGCUCGUCCCCCGCUUCGGUUUCCAGGUACAGAUCCUUCUCGUCGCAGCCCCUUCGCCGCCGGCGGGGCUCUCGAACUUGACCGGUCAGUUCUCUAACCCCCUGCGCUGUCCCGUGCAGUACUUCCUCCCCUUCGCCAAGGACGGGAUCAACAAGCAGAUCGAGCUCGCUAUCAUGAGGGCGGACAAGAUGGGAGUGAAGGUCCUCAGCCUCGCCGCAUUGAAUAAGGUUGGUGGUCUCUCUCUCUCGCGUAGAGGGUGGUAGUUCAUAAUUGAGUGGAGGGAGUUGCGGUCUAACUGGGAGGUCUUUUGCUUGACAGAACGAGUCGCUGAACGGAGGAGGGACGCUGUUCGUGAAUAAGCACCCGGACCUCAGAGUCAGAGUCGUCCACGGUAACACACUGACAGCCGCCGUCAUCAUCAACGAGAUCCCCAAGGACGUCACAGAAGUGUUCCUCACCGGCGCCACCUCCAAGCUCGGCCGUGCCAUCGCCCUCUACCUCUGCCGCAAGAGGAUCCGCGUCCUGGUAAGCCCCACCCCCUCCCUCUCUUUCUCUCUAUCGUUCUCUCUCUCUAUUUGGGUGUGUGGAGGAGCCCAUUUGAUCAACGGAAGCUGGCUGGCAUGGCAGAUGCUGACACUCUCAGCGGAGAGAUUCCAGAGGAUCCAGAAGGAAGCGCCGCCGGAGCUGCAGCACUACCUCGUUCAGGUCACCAAGUACCAAGCCGCCCAGAACUGCAAGGUGAUCACCGAUCCUCCAUUAAUGGAUGAAUGGUAACUCCCCUGAGCAGCUCCCUAACCUACAAAAUCCCCGUUUCCUGCCCAACAGACAUGGGUCGUUGGCAAGUGGCUGAACUACAAGGAGCAGCAAUGGGCGCCACCGGGCACCCACUUCCACCAGUUCGUCGUGCCGCCCAUCUUCGGUUUCCGCCGUGACUGCACCUACGGCAAGCUCGCCGCCGUGCGACUCCCCGAGGACGUACAGGGCCUCAGCAUGUGCGAGGUAAAUCUCUCUACCCAUCGCCGGCGCCGGCGGAUUUUCCGGCAACACUCCGCCGGAGACUGUGACUGAUCCCCGCUUGUUCUCUCCGGUGCAACAACAGUACACGCUGGAUCGAGGCAUCGUCCACGCCUGCCACGCCGGAGGCGUCGUCCACUUCCUCGAGGGGUGGACCCACCACGAGGUCGGGGCGAUCGACGUUGACCGGAUCGACGUUGUCUGGGAGGCGGCUCUCCGGCACGGCCUGCGCCCGGCGUGA